AUGCCCGUCUUGCACAGAGGGGCCCACGUGCGGCUGCCCCUUCUCGAGUUGGGCGAUAAGACCGACAGGAAAUCGGAUGAGGAGGAAAAUGAACUGCAUCAACACGCUCGAGACGGAAAUGUUGAGGGGCUGCGAAAAAUUCUGGAGGAGCAUGAAGAGUUGCUGGAUGCAAAGGACGAUGAGGGGUUAACGGCCCUCCACUACGCCGCCAGAUACCGUAAUGUUCAAGUCGUCAAGAUGCUGUUGGAAUGGCAGCCCAGCCAGCAGACACAGCGCGCCUCUCCGAAUGCCCAGUCGCUGGAGGGCUUCACCCCGCUGCACUUUGCGGCCAGAUACUAUCGGAAGGAAACGGAAAAGAAUGAAGACGAAUCCGGGCGAGAAGAUCAGUGCCGAGUUUUCGACACCAACGAUGCCACCUACCAGAUUAUUUUGCUGCUAAAGGCGCACGGAGGGGAAGUGAACGCCAAGGACUGCUACGAGUUGACGCCGCUGCACUAUGCGGCGAUGCGAGGCAGUGCGACUGCGACUCAUGCGCUUAUCGCAUGCAAGUGUCAGGUUGAUCCGGUGGACAGCGUGAACAUGUCACCCCUAAUGACGGCCUGCGUGCACGGAGCGGCUGAUGUGGUGGAAAUCCUGCUACACGAAAAGGCCCGAAUCGACCUGCGCGACAAACGCGACAACACCGUGCUCCACCUGGCCUCCCAGUACGGCCAUCAUUCCGUGUUGAAGCUGCUCGUCGGCGCGAUCAGCGAGGUCGAGGAGCCGCACACCGAUGUGGCCAUCCGGAAGUUGACAUUCGGAGAGUUGGUAUCUCCGAAGCUGCCACCGAAGGUAGCCGAAGUGGCCCCGAUUGGGAUUGAACAUAGUAAUCUGCUGGAAUCGAUGUCUUUCGUCGCACAACUAUCCACUGCAGCCGCACUUACAAACAAGAAUUUUGGCGGAAUCACGGCGCGGACGAUGCUGCGGAAGCCGAAUAGCGAGGGAAACACCCCGCUGCAAUUGGCAGUGGAGCGGAAUCAUAUCCAGGUCGUCAGAAUGAUGCUAGAGCUGAUCGCGAUUACGGUUCCCGACGGGGAUGGGCAAGCACGAAAAAAGGUCACCGAAUUGACGAGCGACGAGAAACUUCUGCCCCACGUCGCCGCCUCCAAGGGCUUUCUGGAGAUUUUGGAAGACUUGGAAAUGUACGGUUUUAACAUACUGUAUGAAAAUGAAAAGAUGGAGAUCCCGUUGCACCUGGCGGCCGCGUCGAAUCAGGCGGCUGUGCUCGAAUAUUUUUUAGGGAAAUAUUUGAAGCUCGACAAGAAAAUCGGCGACCCCAGCUUCCGGCUUCACAAUCUCGAAAAAUGCGACAUCAACGGGAUGACACCGCUUUUGAGGACGGCGCCCGGGAGGAAUAUCGAGUCAGCAAAUGUGCUCCUCGACUACCACGCCAAUCGAAUGGCUUCAGAUUCGGAAGGGCGGAACAUCAUCUACCUGGCGGCAAAGUACAACAACGUCGCGUAUUUACAGUGGAUGCUCGAUCGGCUGCAAAAUCAAAAGCCCACGAUCGCCCGGAAACAGAUGCGCUCCCUGCGCAUCAACACCAACAAGUUCGACUCGGUGGCUGGGCUCGUGAAUAGCGCGGAUCUCGAUCAAUCAACCGCCCUUCACAUCGCUGCCGUCAAUGGAUACCUGGAGGCUUGUCAAAUCCUGAAGCGCUACGGGGCGCGGGAGGACGCGCUGAACGAGGACAAACAAACGCCGCUACACAUGGCUGCCAUGAACGGCCAUCUGCCAGUUGUUCGGCUGCUCCUCAGCUGGUCCGCCGCCCUCGCAAAAGCCAAAGACGAUGACGGGAAUUCGCCACUGCAUUUGGCGGCAAAACAAGGU